AUGGCGCCGCAAGCCUGCAGCCUGAGAAAGACGGCCGCCCUCGGCCCUUCGAAAAGCCCCUUGAAGCCAAAGCGACCGAAAACCGCUCUGGACGAAAGCUUGGCCGUUGACUUAGUCCCGGUGGCCGAAACUCAAGAGGAGACAGAAUCUGCCGCAUCGAGUCUGGUUGGUCCCAUGAUGGGCCAGCCAUCACCGGUGGCACCUUCCAUUCUUAGCGCCACGCCGCCAACAGUUGAGAGUCAGCGGUGGUGUGCCACUUCAGAAUCCCACUGCAGAUGGUUCUGCGACGACUGGCUCGGCUCUCAGCCACGUUCAUCCCACCUGGCCAACUUCCCCUCAUCUGUCUGGCUCAGCUACCUUGACACGCAGCCUAUAACCCGAAGCGAAGGGGAAAUGCCGCCGCCCCUUGGAGAGGUACUCCCACUGAGCACAAUCGCGAACAACAGCGAGAACGAUGACGCCGUGGAGAACUUACGCCGCCGAAUACGCGCGAAGAAGGAGGAACUCUGGGCCAAAGGGCUUCCAGUGACAGUCCGCGCAUCACCACCUCGGAGGCCUCGGCCACCGAGGGGGAUGUUUCCCCCCUACGCACGGCAGCUGCUCGACGCCGGCAGCGAGUUUGUCCACAAGGGGCAGCACCGCUGGGUCAUCAAGCACGCGUGCGGCACCAAGGUGACCAGGUUCGACCCUACCGGCAUCCUCCCCGGAGAACCCGAAGCCAUGCGCUUCGCGGCGGAGCAUACCAGCAUCCCCGUGGCUUGCGUGUACGAAGUCGCCGAGGACCACUUCACAAUGGACUUCGUCCAAGGCCAACCGCUCGUUCAGGGGUGGGGCACCACCCUCUCGGCCGAGGAUAGGGCUCUCCCAGCUGCGCGCCUCAAGAGCCCGGACGGCGUCAUCUGCUCCUUCGGCAGCCACCCAGCCAUUGAACGACCGCAAGUACUUCCGCUACGAGGCGAGCUGUUCGCCAACGAGGCCGAGUACAACGAAUUCCUGCUGGGUGACCUGUUCGCAAUCGACGUCGUCCACGACAUGAUCCGCAAACAAAUGCGGACGGACCACGGGAUCGUCCUGACGCACGGUGGCCUGCGGUCUAACAACUUCCUGGUGCGGCCCGGGGUGGGCGUCGUGGCCAUUAUCGACUGGAGAUAUGCCAAUUAUUAUUACCCGGAAAUUUUCCCGCAGCGCUACGAUGACCAAUGGUUCGUCGACCAGGUGCUGAUUGUGUACGCCAGGCAUUGA